CGCGUGGUGCCCUUUGAUGUUCGCGCUACCCGACUUGUCUUCUGCUCAAAAGCAGUAUUUGUUGCAGGCCGUGACUACAAUACUUUUCAUCCCGCCGAGGUCCUAUUUUCUCUGAUUCCUCUCAGAUAGUUAGAUCCCCUAAAUUUACAGAAAAAUUACAAAAGUUUCUAACAGGAAAGUGGAAGUAUAUUUUGUUUGUUUGGGUUUUGUUCUUGUUUUUUUUUUUUUUUUUUUAAACAAAGACAAAAUGCCACAGCUCAAUAGCGGAGGGGGAGAUGAUCUCGGAGCCAACGACGAAAUGAUUGCAUUCAAAGAUGAAGGAGAACAAGACGAGAAGAUUGAAGAGAACGCGUUCACCGAGGGGGACUUGGCCGAUCUGAAAUCGUCGCUGGUGAAUGAAUCGGAGAUCAGUCAAAACUCGCACCCACCGGUGGUCAGAACAGGACACCAGGAGGAGCAGAGAGUGUACGAGGAGAAACACAGGGAACAUCUCGAACAUCUGAACGACGUACCAAAGCCUCAAGAUGCAGGGAUGUACAAAGCAUCAACAUAUUCUGGAUACCCGUUCCUGAUGUUGCCGGAGCACUAUCAUCCCAAUGGACAAGUGUCACCAUCUGCUAACAAAGUGGCAGUGGUGCAGCAGCCUCAUGGGAUGCACCCACUUACAUCUCUUCUACCAUACAGCAAUGAACACUUCAACCCCAGUCCUUCACAUCUGACAUCAGAUAUGAGCCAAAAACCAGGUGUUCACAGACAUCAGCCCCAUGAUCUUUCAAGCUUCUAUUCCCUGCCCUCAGGAGGAGUUGGCCAAAUUACCCCAUCCAUGGGUUGGCAAAGUCAGCCUGUUUAUCCACUCUCCUCGUGUGGCUUCAGGCAGCCCUACUCCUCCAGUCUCGCCAGCAACUCCUCCUAUUCCAGGUUCUCUCACUCUCUUAUUAUGGGACCAUCUGGAAUGCACCCUACAGGAAUCCCACACCCUGCUAUAGUGCCAUCUUCAGGCAGGCAAGAGCAUGACCAGUUUGACAUUAAGCCUCAUCCAGAGUCAAAGAGAGAGAGAGAGCCUAAGAAGCCAGUCAUUAAGAAGCCUCUGAAUGCCUUCAUGCUCUAUAUGAAGGAGAUGAGGGCAAAAGUCAUUGCAGAAUGCACCUUGAAGGAGAGUGCAGCUAUCAACCAGAUACUGGGCCGCAGGUGGCAUGCUCUGACUCGUGAGGAACAGGCUAAGUACUAUGAGCUUGCCAGGAAAGAGCGGCAGCUUCACAUGCAGCUCUACCCCAGUUGGUCUGCCCGAGACAACUAUGCUGCUGCCAGUGGGAAUGCUUCUCUAUCAGUGUGCGUCCUCACAGGACCGAUCAGACCACCUCAGGGCAAAAAGAAGAGAAGAAAAAGAGACAAGCAGCAGGAUUCUGCCACAGACCCUGGCUUCCCUAAGAAAUGCCGAGCUCGUUUCGGCCUCAAUCAACAAAUGGACUGGUGUGACCCCUGCAGGAGAAAAAAGAAGUGCAUUCGCUACCUUCAAGGAGGACAGUGCGCCAGCCCCAAUUCUUCCGAUGGAAGUGCUGUAGAUUCGCCCUCCUUUCCUAUUAAUCACUUCAUACACCCAGCCUCUCCUCUAAACUGCCCCUUUCCUCUUCCCAGUGACAGCAAUCUCCAUGCUCAGACCAGAAAACACCCUUACCCUCAACACUCAACACUCAGUCCCUGCGAACACCCAAUUUUAUUCACCAGAGCGAAAACAACGAACACAAUCCACACCUCUGUGGUCCAUAUCAUCAAACAAUAAGACCCAGAAACUCUUCUGCCUUCAGUGUUUUCACUAGACACUAUAAAAAAUUUAAUGGAGACACCAGCUGCUGUGCGAAUCACAUUGCUGUCAAUUUAAUUGUAAAAAUUUUAAAAUGUCUUCAAAUGAUGGUAUUCUAUACCUAAUAUUAAAACAUUUGUUUUUGUCAUUUUUCUUAUUCAUGCUUUUCCAUUUAUUCACAAACUGCCACUUUGUGAGUGCUAUGUCUGGUAUCUUUCAUCCAAACACUCCAGUGUCAAGUAUGUUUCAAGCAACAACAAUGAAAUUGCUUCAUUUGGCUGUUUAUGUAAUUUGUCACCAAUAAAAAGUAUUGAUUCUGAAUCUAUUCAGCCAUAGAAUAAAAUGUGCAUUAGUUAUUAAGUUAUAAUGGAGAGUUAUGUUGAAUCAAUGCAGCUCCUCAAAUGACUGUGCUUGUUUAUUUCAUAUACAAUGUUCUUUGUUUCCUCUAAGUAAAUUUUUUUUUUUUUUUUUUUUUUUUUUUUUUUGAUUUAGCUAUUUUUACACAGGUGGUGAUUUGUUGUGAUUUCUUUGGUGACAUAUCCAUUUUUAAUAUAUUAAACAUUUUGAAAAUCUUUGACUUGAA